UGAAACAAACCAAUCACAAAUUCUCUUGUUGAGCGGCGCGGCAGAGCGGGUUUGCGUGAGGGGAAUUUGAAGUGAAGGCCGGAUAAAAGGAAAAUAAGCCGGUGGCGGAGAGAAGCCCUUGACUCUUGCUUAGUGUCCGGUUAAGUGUGUGGAUGCAGUGAGAGGAGAGUCAGAAGGAAGAGACAUAUAAUAAAAGCCUCAGUGUUGAGCUAACAAGCAUCCCGAUGAACACUCAAACUGAUAUGACCGGGUCAAAUGAGUUUAAGCUGAACCAAGCACCCGAAGAUGGGAUUUCUGCUGUCAAGUUCAGUCCAAACACCUCCCAGUUUUUGCUGGUCUCCUCUUGGGACUCAUCUGUGCGCCUGUAUGAUGUUCCUGCAAACACAAUGAGACUUAAAUACCAGCAUGCUGGACCAGUCCUGGACUGUGCUUUUUAUGAUCCAACCCAUGCCUGGAGCGGAGGAUUGGACCACCAAUUAAAAAUGCACGAUUUAAACACAGAUGGAGACACUGUGGUUGGGAGUCAUGAUGCUCCCAUUCGAUGUGUGGAAUACUGUCCAGAGGUGAAUGUAAUUGUGACCGGCAGCUGGGAUCAAACCGUGAAGCUAUGGGACCCAAGGACUCCUUGCAAUGCAGGGACCUUCUCUCAGCCGGAUAAGGUUUACACCCUGUCUGUGUCAGGGGACAGACUGAUCGUGGGCACUGCUGGUCGUAGGGUUCUGGUGUGGGAUCUUCGAAAUAUGGGCUAUGUUCAGCAAAGGCGAGAAUCUAGUCUAAAGUACCAAACGCGAUGCAUCAGGGCAUUCCCAAAUAAACAGGGAUAUGUACUGAGCUCCAUUGAAGGCAGAGUUGCUGUCGAAUACCUGGAUCCAAGUUUGGAAGUCCAGAAGAAGAAAUAUGCUUUCAAGUGUCAUCGACUGAAAGAGAACAACAUUGAGCAAAUUUACCCAGUCAAUGCUGUGUCUUUCCACAAUUUGCACAACACUUUUGCUACAGGAGGCUCUGAUGGUUUUGUCAACAUUUGGGAUCCCUUUAACAAAAAGCGCCUGUGCCAGUUCCAUCGCUAUCCCACAAGCAUUGCUUCCCUGGCCUUCAGCAACGACGGCAGCACGCUGGCAAUUGCCGCCUCCUACAUGUAUGAAAUGGAUGACAUUGAUCACCCCGAAGAUGCUAUCUACAUACGGCAAGUGACAGACGCAGAGACAAAGCCCAAGUGAGGCAGCUUCACCUGCCUCCCCUCCCCAGCUCUGAGAUUUUAUUAAUUUUCCCUUGGCUCAUGAAUAGUGUUAUUGAUGUCAAGGGGAGAUAACCAUGGCUGACUGUAGGGCUGGGGGAGAUUUUAUCACAUCCUUCCAAGCUUUCAAUAUCCGUCAGUUGAUAGACGUCUGACAGAUAAAAUUAUGCUCAGUUGUUUUAUACAGGAGCGCGUCGACCUCUUCUGCAUUUUCGCCCUUUAUUAUUUCACCUGGAGAACUCCUUACUGUUGGCUUGCCCUUUAUAAUGGCAGUUGCGAAAUUGACUGUCAUUUACCAUCUCACCUCCUUAUUACUCGAUUCUUACUAGUACAUUUACAUAAUACAGGUUUUCAACGUCCACAAGCCUAUGGAUGGAAAAGAAGCUUUUCAGUAAAUUUCCCAUUUGCAAAUCCCUCGUUUGGAGGUUAAACAUAUAAAAAGUCAAAUCUAUUUUACAGGGGGGAAUUAGAGCGAUUGAAUUGAAUGUGUGGAAGAUGCAACUUAAUUCCUCUACUGUAAAUGGGCAUUCCAAACAUGACACCAGCUUUGGUUUUGCUUUGCAGAUCCACUUGCUUAGACUGUUGUUUUUUUUUCAUUUUUUUUUUUCUUCCUUUGGUUGGUCUAUCGAAGUGGAACAGUCCCAUCCCCAUGUCUCCAUACAGCCACAUUCUAUCACACUUUAAAUGGACAUUAUCAACUCAAUUUCAGCAUGAGCGCAAUCAAUAGAGCUUCUUCUGAACAUACAUUAUUUUUCACCUAAUGUUUUUCUAUUAUCUUUGGUUUGACACUAAACAAGAAAAUUAAACUGGUUUCAUUUUAGCACUUCCUGGUCCUGCAAAGCACAGGAAAAGCUGAUGGAACUUACCUGUCCACUGAGAUGCCCUCUGAUUAGGAUUGCACAAUGGCUGCUGAGAAGGGGGAAGGGUUGUUUCAAAAGUAAAAAGAUCUGAACAACUUGACCUGUGUUUAAAAGGGGGGUUGGGAGAAUGUUCAAAUGAGUGCUUUAAAAUGAAAAAUAAAUAUAGAUAUUUUAAGUUAGGCAGAAUGCAUUUUCAAAACCAGUCCUAUUUAUAGAGAUGCACCGGAUCCACUAUUUUGGAUUGAGCCGAACCCCUGAAUCCUUCGCGAAAGAUUCGACCGAAUACCGAAUCCUAAUGUGCAUAUGCUAAUUAGGAUUCGGUUCAGCCGAGCAGAAGGAUUUGGCCGAAUCAUGCUGAAAAAGACCGAAUCCUGGAUUCGAUGCAUCCCUGCCUAUUUAUUGUGCUCAUUUUUAGCAGUUUUUUUUUUAGGUCUAUGUCUCUUUAAGAGGCUUUUGUAUUACCCUGAGAAGUUUCUAUAGCUUCAUUUUUCACCUCUGGGGAUUGGCCAAUUUCUGUGCCAAAUUCAAAGAAAUGAAAUCGGUUUUAUAUGAAAUAAAACAAACUGCUUUCCCUCAGUAUUUCAGCCACAGUAAACUCUCCAACACCUCUUUUUAUAUGUUUGGACUUUAACUUUUCUGUAGUCUUGUGUCUUAAACUUUGUCCUGUUUGUAGUAUUUUGAGAGGAAACCCUACAAGACUGUGUUGCUCUGUUAUAGAAAAUGGAUUUUGGUCUAUUUGACCAGAGAUUUGUAAUAAAACAUCUGUAAAUACCU